GAUGUUUUCAUCAACUCCAAAACUAAAAUCAUACUCUUCAUAACAAUUACUACAAAAUACAUUGUAGUAAAAAACAUUUUAGCAACCAAUAUUUGGAGAUCUAAAUCCUUCUACUCCCUAAAAAUUUAGUAUUGUUAAGAACUUAAAAGUGCUUAACGCUCCAUCAUAAUAAACUGAGAGCAGUUUUAGACAGAGCAAUGGUAAGCGUAUUAACACUCAAGAGAGUCCUUCUGUUAAUAAGGAGAAUAUAAGCUAUAGAGUAGAGACAUCUCAAAUAGAGAUUCAGCUUAGACAUGUUUUAUAGGAGAACAAAAAGUUAAAUGAUUUAAUUUAAAAAUUAACAAGAGAGAAAUAAUAGUUGACAAUAGGAGACAAGAAUACUGAUUUUAUUCUAAUAAAACAAAGAGUUGAAAGACUUGAAUCAGUUAUUGAUUAAUAAAGUGAUGAGAUAGAAGAAUGGAAAAAAAAAUAUAAAGAAGUAUGUGAACAAGAUUAAAGGAGUAUUUCAAUAGAAUAAAUGGUAUUAAAUAUAUUAAACUAGGAAUAAUAAAUGAUAUCAGUAAUAGAGGAAAAUGAGAAAAUAAAUGAAUAAAAAACAAAAAUGCAACAAUAAAUUCGUAUUAUGGAAAAAGAUAUGUAGUAACUUAAAUUUCAAGUUGCUGAUUAAAAUAAUUAGAUUAUAGCAUAUGAGGAAGAGAGGAUUAAAAUAUUGGAUCAAUUAAAUAAUAAUGUUCUAUUAAUGAAGCAACCCUAAUAAUAAAUGAAUAAUAAAGAUUAUUUUUUAGAAUAAAUAUCUUUAUUAGAAUAAGUAAGAAAUAUUUAUAUAAUAUAGAACAUAUCUGAUUUGUAAUCAGUUUACAAUGUCUAAGUAUUAGAAAAUUAAAAGUUGAAUUAAAUGAUUUUUGGAUUGAAUGAAGAAUUACAAUUUGUAAAUAAAUAAUUAGAAGAGAUGAAGAAGGGUCAUAAAAUUGAAUCAAAUCAGAAAUUCUCAGCAGUGAAAUCAAUUUUAGUAAAACUACGUUAAGAAAUGAAUAGUUGA